AUGGUGUUGAGAGUGUAUGUGGCGGUACAACAACUUGUUGUGGUGCAUGUAUCGAUGCAUGAAGUACUGCCACGUGUCGAGGACCAUCAUGGCCACGAGGAAUUGGCGGGCGAACCAAAUUCUUCUCAUCUUCGUCCUUCCUCGUGUGCAGCCUGUAAUUAUCAAGCGAGCCCAGUAGUACGUACAAUCCUGAAUACACCCAGUAAACGAUUAUCGGCGCCACGGUCCCCAGCAGCUCGUCCGACAAAUUCAAGCCCAACAUCCCUUUGUAAUUUCAGAACAAUCCGAGGGUUUGCGUCCGGACAAAAAUCGGAAAUCUUUGAAUACGAGAAAACCAAUAAGAAAGAAAUCGAACGACAAACCCUAGAAUUGAAUGAAGAAGGUGGGAUCAAAUCGAGCUCUCGCAGGGUGAAUCAGUAUUUGAGGUAUGCUGGGAUUUUUAUACCGACUUUUGGUGCCGACCUAGACACGGUCAGACCAUUCAACCACCGUCUCCAACCUCGCAUCUAUUCGGGCCUCCAAAGAUCAUACCCGCUGGAUACCGAGGUGACGCACAGCCGCAAUUCGUACCUCACCUGUACCAAUUUCACAACCGUCCAGCCGAACAAGCCCAGAUGCCGACCUAUCGAGCCGCCGACUCCACACACACCGUGGCAGCCGGACUCCGAGCUCACACUGCGGCAGUACGGGCAUCAACUCGGCGCACUACCGGCGCCGACCAAACUUCCCCGGCCCGGCCGGCGCCGGCCGGAUUCCGUCACACAACCGGCGGCCAAGCUCGCUUUUUCACCCGCCGACGAGCUCCAAAUCGCCGGGGCAGACCUCCGACCCACACUUCGAAUCGCCGACCUCGCCAAGUCGCUGGCGAGAUCUCCGGUUUACCCCCGCAAAUCGCCGAAUGCCGAACUCGACGAGCUCGCUACCUCGUCGAAUGUCGAACUCGCUACACCGUCGGACGCAGAGCUACACCCGCCGAACUCGCUACCUUGUCGGACGCCGAACUCGCACCACCGCCUCGCCGAUUUCUUACCUCACCACAGUCGUGACGCUGGACCGCCGGAUGCGACUCGCCGCCGCAAUUGGGAAGCGACGCCCUCAAACGCCGAGUUAGUCGCUACCGUCCUCAGAUCCCACUUCCGGGACCGACCUCACCGUCGACAUCGAGCUCGGAUCUUGAAAUCCUCGAGCCGGACUGACUGUGACCCGACAGCCCAACUCCGGACAAACCAAGAUGCCGAUUUGAAAAGUCGCUGA